AUGGACCUGCAAGUUGUGCAAAAGGGUAUUGAUUUUGCCCGUAAAAGGAAGAAGUGGGUUAUUGUAUUGGCCGCCUUAGGGUUCUCUGGUUAUGGUGCCUAUAAGUUUUAUCACUUGCCUUCGGUGGCCCAAAAAAGAAAAAGAAUUUUGAAGCUUUUGGGAGCUUUUGUCUCUGUAGCCGAAGCGGUUUCUGAUUCAGCCGAGUCAAUUAGCUUGGUCUCGAAAGAUCUGAAGGAAUUUCUUCAGUCUGAUUCGGAUCAAAUUCCAAAUAGUUUAAAGCAAUUUUCAAAAAUUGCUAGGUCAGAUGAUUUUUCUGGCUCUCUGAUAAAGGUUACUCAGGCUUUAACACUUGGUAUGUUAAGGGGUUACCGGCAAUUAGAGAAGGAUGAUGGAAGUGAUGGAGCUUCUUCAGGUUCUAGCUUUACAGAACGUGUAAUGGACAAGGUCUUUACCACAGCAGGUUCUGGUUUUGCUUCUGUUGUUGUUGGAAGCUUUGCUAGGAACUUGGUAUUGGGUUUCUAUUCUGCUGGUGAAACAGGUGGUGAACAAACCUCAAAGACAUCAUCAAAUAUGGAUAAUUGUGGUUCAGAAACUAAUCCUAUUCCUGAAUGGAUGAAUGUGAUUUUCAGUGAUAAAUGCAGAGAUUUAGUUGGUGAUUGCAUACAAGUAUUUGUGACCACUGCAGUUGGUGUGUAUCUUGACAAGACCAUGGAUAUCAAUACCUAUGAUGAACUCUUUUCUGGGCUUACCAACCCCAAGCAUGAAACGAAAGUGAAAGAAAUGUUUGUUUCUGUCUGCAAUGGUGCGGUUGAGACUCUAGUGAAAACAUCUCAUCAGGUUUUAACGCGUCCCACUUUCAAGGAGAAACCUUUGGCUAUUGAGGAAGGCCCAACUUCGACUUCAACAAAAGUGGAGGACUUGGAUGAAGAAGAAAAGGAAACAUUCUCCACAGAAUCGGAGACAGGGAGUGAAGCUGAUGAGAAAGAUGAUGGCGGGUGGGUCGGUAAGGUUUCGUCUACUUUGGCAGUGCCCAGUAAUAGGAGGCUUGUUCUUGAUGUCACAGGGAGAGUUACAUUUGAAACAGUUAGGUCCUUCCUUGAGUUCUUAUUGGAAAAACUGUAUGAUGGUGUGAAGAGAUGCGUCAACUUUGUUCAUGAAGCUGUGAUUGAGAGGGGUUUCGAUUUAGUGAGAUAUGCAGCAGCCAAGUCCUCAGUCAUAGUUACUAUAUGUCUCUCUCUGUGCUUACAUAUAACUGGAAGUGCUUGGUUGUUAAUGCCCGCUUGACCUUCUUGACCAUUAUCAUCGAUUCAUUUAUUAGGAAAAUCUUAUAGAAUAGACCACCAACAUUCUUUCCAAGCAAACUGCUUGUUUGGAGAAUCCACUUGUAUUUGAUCGCUCUGUCUCUCUCUCUCUGUGUAUAUGUUUGUUCACCCAAGAAAAAGGAAAGAUGUUAUGCAUUUCAUUGUACUUUUGAAAAUUAUGGUCUUUGUUGGUUGGGUGACAUUCUUGAGAUAUAUGUUUUCGAAUUCUCAUGGAGAGAUUCUUAGGAAAUAUGUAAGAAAAUGAUAGUAUUAUUUGAAUCAAUAUGCACACGUUGUAAUAUUUUCUUCA